GCGGCCGGUGGCGCUGCGCCGGCGGGCUCCGCUGCGGCGGGGCCGCCCGCUCCCGCGCUCCCCGGGCAGGGCCGAGGAGGGCUCCCCCUCGGCCGCCCGGUCGCUCCCAGCCGCCUCCGUGCGCUGCCCUCUCCCGCGGGCGGAGGAGCCGGGCCUGGGGCGAGACCCCUGGGUGCGGCUCGCCCGGGGCCUGCGCCUUCCAGCCAGGGCCGCGCCGCCUCCGGCCGCGGGGGGGGUGUCGGGGCUCAUGGCGGCGGCGGCGGCGGAGUGCCACCCUCCGGAGCGGGGUGCGGGGAGCGGCCGCCGUGAGCCCCCCGCCUCGGCCGGGCUCCAGAGGAGCGAGCUACGCCCGCCCCCGGGCCGCGCGUUCGCGGGGGGGGCUCGUCCCUCAGCUCCCUGCGGCCGGGGUACUUGCAAAGGCAGGGAAGUUUGGUGUCUUCAGGGCACUUCUGACGGGCCGAAAGCACUUCUGCACGUCAGCUACGCUCGGCAGCUUGUUCUUCUGCUUCUUCACGCGUUUGGUUUUUUUCUCUUUCUCUCUCUCUCUUUUUUUUUUUUUUUUUUUUUUCCCCCCCAAAAAGGCUUCUAGUGUGACUCCCGCUUCUACACUACUCCCCUUUCUGGGAGGAAAAAAAAAACCAAACAACAAAACCCAAACACUUUUGUCUAUGUGGUAAAUGAGUGCUAGUUAAAAUUAGAUGAAGCGUUAGCUGUCACAGCAGUGUGCGAUAGGUAGCAUAGCGAGCACUUGAUGCAGUGGUUGGAAAAAAAGAAUGACCACCUUGUAUUCUUGGCCCUGUGGUUUUUUGCUUGUGUUUGUUCUCAUUCACCUGCAGGGCAGCUGGCUCAGUUCUUCUUUUCAGAAGCUGAUGGAAACCUUAGCCUAAAAAAAAAAAAAAAAAAAAAAUUAAUAAGUAGUACUUCAGUAGAAAUAGAUGGUCACUGAUACAACUUGAAACCUCAACUCCUUUGGUUGCUUUUAAUUAACUCCAAAUAUUUAACUUGCUUCCCACGUUGAGAAGCUGUUAUCAAAUAGUUUCAUAACAACUUGUUUGGAGGUAAACUAGAAGGUAUCAGCUUUUUUUUGAUUUUAUAAAAGAAAAUUAUUUACCAAGCCAUCAGUUACAAAAUCUGUUAAAAAUUAUUUCACAUACACUAAGUAGUUUACUGAACAAGUGUUGAAUGGUGUACUGAAGGGAUUUGAGAUACUUCUGGGAAAUCAUCAGCACUCUACGUUGUAAAUGUUGAAAGAAACAGUAAAAUUAUUUAUACCUGGAAGGGAAAUGAGAGAAAUACUCACAUUGGAUUGUACGAUCUUCAAACUAAACAAAAUGAGCACCUCUAUAUGUUUGAGAGGGAUCUACACAUAAUCAGCUGUUCGGUCAACAAUGAAAGGACACUAUUGGCGGUCAGCUUCCGUCAAUAUACAGAGGAAGAAAGAGUAAGUCGGCUAUUACAGUCAGUAUCCAAGUAUUUAACCUUGCUUAUUGAAAUUCAUCCCAUUAAUAAUGUGAGAGUCCUAAAGGCUGUGGAUAGCUGUGUUCAAGUACAGUUUCUUUAUCCAGUUGAAGGCAGAAAUAAUUCUACAGAGAGUCGCCUCUUGCUAGUUUCAGAAGAUAAAUAUAUCGAACAAUUUGACAUUCAUGUUGCAGAAGAAGAACACAAAGUGGUGAUUCAAAACUCAGGUCAGCUUCCAAGAGCCAGAGUUGCAGAUGAUCUCAUUUGGGCACAGUGGGAUAUGAUGGAACAAAGGCUCUUCUACAUUGUUCCAAAGGAAUCAAGGAGUACUUUAAAAUGUGUCCAGUUUUAUCCUGAUGAAAGUUUUAACUCAAUACUGGAAUCACACCUGGAUAUUUCUGUAAAUGACACGCAAUUAAAACUUGUGAAUUUUGGAUAUGAUCACUGUCAAGACCAAGAUGUUGCAUCUAAAUCUUUGAAUCUUCAGGUUUUUACAAGUAAAGCAGGAGGCUUGUGUGUGUGUUGUAGUCUAGCCUCUGAUACUCCUGAUGAAAUAAGGUACUCCAUAUAUUUUUUACAUAAAGGUUACAACAAAACUUUUACAGUUUCUCUAGAAAGAACAGAAUCUCAUCAAUUGAAGGAAGUGGCUUUUAUGAAUCUUGACUAUUAUGUGGCUGCUUAUUUGCCUGGCCAGUUCCUGCACCUCCUGAAUAUUGAGCAUCCUGACCUGCUGUGCUACAGUUUAUUUCUGACAGGUGAGGAUGCAAGAAUUGACAUGUUGCAAAACUGCUCCAUCCAAUCCCCACUCAUGUCAACAGUCUUGGACUGCCACGUAGGAAGUAUGUAUGCCGUGAGCAUCAGUGACAGCGCCUUACUACAGUUCCUGCAGAACAGCAAACAAGACAGUGAGAGAUUGGCAGCUCUACAUUGUGCCCUGUUAUACUUCCGACACACAGAAGACUUGGAAAUGCAGAUAAUUUGGUGGAUUUCUGAGAACCUGUCAACAUGUCAUUCUUUUGACCCCAUUCAAGAAUUUAUCAUAGCCUCCCUGUACUGCAGAAUGUGUCCAGAAACUCACAACCUGGAUAAACUUUUGCCCUACACAUCACUGCUUGACUGGAUUGGGAUUAUCCCUGGAGUAACAUGUGCAACAGACAUAAUUUCUCUACCUGUGUUAGAGUUCCAAAACUCCAAAGGCUUCUGGGAGAAACUCAACUCAAACUUGGAGAGUGUGAAGUAUGCAGAACCACACUUGCAUUACCACAGUAAUGUGCUCAGGAGGGAAUGGCGUAACCUUUCAGAAGAGAGAGAGGAGAGAAGAACCACAGCGUAUUUGAGGAAUAUUUUUGAAAAUGCCAAAAAGGUGCUUUCUCAUCUGGACACUUGGGACUCUGAGGAAAGGCUAGUACCUCUCUUUCAAGAGGAAGAUUAUCAGCAGCAAUUACUAAUGGGACUGAUGGUUGCUCAGCUAAAGGAUCACCUUAUGAGACAUCUGCAGUAUGUAGGAAAAAAGAAGAUUGACCAAAUAGUUUUGGAUUACGUUGCAAACCUGCUGAAUCUGGUACAUCGAAUAAUGAAAGAAGUUUGGAGGAGAUACCAGCUUCAUUCCUGCAUCUUCUGCUUUGAUGAGAGAGGAAGUACAGGAGAGUUUGCCGUGUUCCACAUUAUGAGUCGGAUUUUGGAAGCAGCAAGUGGCAUGUGCAUGCCUUUACCUCCUGGUUUUCACACUCUGCACUUAGGGCUUGGUGUUCGAUGUCUCCCUCUGCAUACCCUUCUGCACUAUAUUGAUACUGGAGUCUUGCAUUUGACAGAAACAUGUGUUGGGAAAUUGCUGAAAGAUCUGGAUGACACUGAGAAGAAUGAAAAGCUGAAGUUCAGUAUUGUCAUGAGGCUUCCCGAGGCUCUCAGUCAAAAGGUCCGCCAGUAUUGGAAUCAUCCAAUAAAUGCUAAUUUCAUUGCACGGAAAUAUGUGAAACUUUUGCUUGAGAAGCUGGGGAACAGGCAGUCUAGCAGUCCUAUCCCUGAGAGACUCUCAGUCCCUGUAGAGUUUUUGCCACUUAACUACCUGACUAAUAUGUUGGCAGAGAUAGAGAAUCAAGGUGUGCAUCCAUAUGAAAAACAAGAUCAUGUUAAUGUAAGAUUUGUAGAGGAAACGGCACUCAAACACACUAUGACAUUUUUGGGCCUCAAAUAUUCCUGAAAUAACAUGUUCUUGAAGGAAGCUAACUGUGGUACUCUUAUGUAAAAGUAUUCACACAGAAGUGUGCAACCAACUUUUUUUUUGUUUUAAACUGAAAUGUCAUGUUGUUUUCCAAAUAAUCUGCAGUUUUGUGUAGUCACCAUUACUGAUAUAAGCUACUCAAAAUAUUGUUUGGUGCAACAUAUUAAGGCUGAAAUCACCGACUUCUAGAAAAAUCCUAGAGAAUUCAUCUGACACAAACCCAGGUUUCCAAUGAAAGAUACCUGUGGUUUCAUUGUUUCAUGUUGAAAUGGUCAAAUAAGUGGAACUACAGCGGGUAUCAAAACUUGCUGUGAAAAUUGGUAUUGAUGUCAAUUAUCUUAACAAGAUAGACAAUCCUGAAAAAGGUAGUCCAGUUGUAUUGUACAGUGACAAGAAAGUGGUACCUGUUUACUCAUUUAGAUUAAUAAAAUGAUUUCUCGGUGUGCUUAUAUAAAGCAGGUAAGAAUAACAAAUGAUGAAUCAGUUUUUUGUAUAUAAUGCAUCAGUAAUGGUGUAUUCAUUCCUCAUGGUGGUCAUGUGUUAUUUUACGGUACUUCUGCCUUUGGAGUUUGAUUCUAGUAUAUUCAGUUUUGUAAUUAGUGCAAAAUAUAAUCUUCUUAAAGUGCCUGUGACAGGGUUUUGUUUUGGUUUUUUUUAAGAUGUGUAUAAUAUAUUGUAAGCAAUACAAGAUAAGAAAAAAGUUCUUUAGAAAUUUACCUUAAUGGUGGCUUGGACAGAGUUUUACUGAAUUCUUUCCUUACAACUUUUAGUGCUACAGUUCAAGCCCCAGCUUCAAAAAGAAAUGGAGAUUGUUUUUCCUUCAUUUUCAACUUUUAUUUAUGUAUAACUGAACCAGUAUUGUUUGGGUUGUUUUUUUAUAUUCUGAACUGUGACAUUCAUUUAAAAUAGUAAUAAUAGUGGUUUGCUAUGCAGAGAAAAUCUUAAGUUCUGACAUGUAGGGUUUCUGCAGUCUUUAUUGGAUUUAAAACCACCUUUGUCAAAGUUUCAGACUAUUAAACUAGUGAAACUCAUUGACAAUUUGAUACAGAUUUUUGGAGGUUUUCAAUAGCAACCUCUGAUAUUCUCUCUGAGCAGUUUCCACUGAUGCUUCCAGUUCCUUACCAGUGAAAUAAAAAGAUCCAGUUCUCAGGA